AUGUAUUAAGAACAUGUCCCGCCUCGUGAGUUCUCAACUCAGCAGAAAGGAGCACAAAAAGCACAUUUGUGAUCGAUGUCUACAUUACUUCAGCUCAAAUGAAAGAUUGGAAGUCCACAGCGUGGACUGUGGAAGGCUAAACGACUGCGCGAUCAAACUACCGAGCGAGAACAACAAGUGGCUCAGUUUUGUCAACUACGAGAGAAAGGAACGCGUUCCAUUUAUCAUCUAUGCCGACCUGGAGUGCAUCCUGAAGAAGACGGAUACGGAUCCAAAAGCGUACCAACACCAUGAGGUAUUCAGCAUCGCCUAUUACCUGCGCUGUUCGUACGGCGAUUCGUUAUCAAUGUAUCGGUUCCGUCGUGAUAAGGAUUGCAUCACAUGGUUCGCGGACGAACUUAAUAACUUAGCGCAUCGCAUGCAAAAUAUUUUGUCAAUUAAUGUCCCCAUGGAAACGCUUUCGAAAGAACAGUGUGAAAAAUUUAAUAGCUGCACGCACUGCCAUAUUUGUGAGAAACCGUUUGCGCCAGACGACAUUCGAGUACGCGAUCAUUGUCAUCUAACCGGGCGGUAUAGAGGUCCUGCACAUUCUAAUUGUAACCUAAAUUAUAAAGACUCACAUUUUAUUCCUAUAGUUUUCCAUAAUUUGUCCGGUUACGAUGCACAUUUCAUCAUUAAUGAAAUCGCCACCGCGUUCGAGGGCACGGUUAAUGUAUUGCCGAUAACGAAGGAAACGUACAUUUCCUGGUAAAACUGCAGAAUA